ACAGGAUCGACGGAACGUUUAUGUCGCGCGCGUUAUUCGCGGCAGCGACGGCAUGCUGUCUCCUGUUGACGAGAGUCCGUGCAGAGCAGGUCAACUUCAACCGCUCCUUCGUGGUGGACUACGAGAACGACCGCUUCCUCAAGGACGGCUCACCGUUCCGGUACGUUUCCGGUUCCAUCCACUACUUCCGAAUCCCGAAGCCUUACUGGAACGACCGUCUCACCAAGAUGAAGAUGGCUGGCCUGAACGCGAUCCAGACGUACGUCGAAUGGAGCGGCCACGAACCGGAACCGGGAGAGUUCAACUUCGAGGGUAACUACGACCUUUUGACCUUCUUGGAGAUAGCCAAAGACCUCAGCCUGUACGUGAUCCUGAGGCCCGGUCCUUACAUCUGUGGCGAGCGGGACAACGGCGGUCUUCCGUAUUGGUUGCUGAGGGUCAACCCGAGGAUGAAAUACAGGACUUCGGACAAGACGUACUUGGAUGCGGUGAACCGCUGGUUCGACCACCUUUUGCCCAUGCUGGUGCCGUACUUGUACAAGAACGGAGGACCCAUCAUCACCGUUCAGGUAGAGAACGAGUAUGGUCUGUACGACGCAUGCGACAAGGCCUACAUGCGACACCUGGUGGACAAGCUGCAGCAACAUCUGGGCAACGACGUGGUGCUCUUUCGCACCGACACGCCCUGGGACAAGGCCUACGAGUGCGACCACGUUGACCACACGCUGGUCACCACGGACUUUGGCCCCACUAAGAGCACGGUUGAACACGCCUACCAGGUGGUCAAAGGAGCCCAGCCACACGGGCCUUUCGUCGUCACAGAGUACUACUGUGGAAGGCAGGACGUGUGGUCGUUAAUACACGACAAGGUUGACAAGCGGCAGAUAAUCGACACCUUCGAGCAGAUCAUGGCCAAGUACAACGGCUCGGUCAACUUCUACAUGUUCCACGGAGGCACCAACUACGGCUUCACCAACGGCAAUCGACCGCCGCCGCAGCUAACGAGUUACGACCACGGGUCGCCGCUCUCGGAGGCCGGAGACCCGACAGACCUGUACUACAUGAUCCGGAACGCGACGGCCAAGUUCCUUCCGCUUCCGCCGGGUCCUGUUCCGGUCCCUGCGCGCAAGAUGAACCUCGGAAGCGUGCCCAUGACGCUGAGCUCGGCGCUGACGGAAGUGAUGGACUCGUUCCGGAAACGGGGCCAUCUCAAGACGGUGCACGCCGAGAACCCGCUGACGUUCGAGGAACUUGGACAGGCCUACGGCUACGUCGUGUACAACGCAACGGUGUCGUUCAGGCCCAGGAGUCCCUCGGUGCUGACGGUGCGGGGCAUCAAGGACAGAGGCUACGUCAUGACGAGGGCGACGCGCAGCGUGCUCAGCUUGGACGAGAAGGUGUUCAGCGUCCCCGUGGUGACGUCAGAGGGAGAGACGCUCACCAUACUCGUGGAAAACCAAGGGCGACAGAAUUACGGGCAAGGGAACCACGACCCCAAGGGCAUAACGUCAGAGGUGACACUCGGACACGCCGUGAUGACCAACUGGUCAAUGGAAGGUGUACCACUCGUUCGAGCUGAAGACAUAAAUUGCAUUGACUCGUUUCUUUCCAAGCACGGGCACGCAGCUGAUCAAGGUACCCACAUUCAACCACCAGCGUUUUUCUACGGUACAUUCGCCUUACCGCAAAGUGAGGAUCCACUGGACACCUUCUUCGACCCGACCGGCUGGGGAAAAGGCGUGGUCUUCGUCAACGGCGUCAACCUCGGCCGCUAUUGGCCCUCGAUCGGGCCUCAGGUGACCCUGUACGUGCCGGGAUCGAUACUGCGACCACAUCCGCAAGAAAACACGGUCAUCCUAUUUGAGACGGAGCUGGUUCCAUCGAAUUCGCCCACGGUCCGAUUUGUGGACACGCCGAACGUCGACGGACCGAUCCCGGACGGAGCGACGGGAAGGAGUCACGGUUGAACCUUUU